AGAAUAAUUUAUAAAUAGGUUACAUUUUUGUGCAAACAGUAUUAUUUAAGAUAAAAAAAUAAUAUUUAAAAUAAAAACGAAAGGUAUGUAAAGGUUAACGUUUAAUAUACCUAUAUUUUGGUUUUAAAUUGUGAUGUGCAUAAAAUUUAAUUGAACAAAAAGUGUUCAAAAUUUACGUCAAUAAAUACAUUUAAGCACAAUGCGUCUAGUGCUAUUACCAAUAGUGCUACUUGCGUGCAGUGUUGUUGUUAGAGGAUUCGAAGAUACGACAUUGGAAGAUGACGAUUUUGCGGAAUUUGAACAGUUUGAUGUGGAUGAUGAUGCAACUGUAGCAGAUUUCAGUGAAGAAGAGAAAGAGGUGCCUGUACAAAAGAAACCACCAACAAAAGAGAAAUUUUCAGAACAAAGAGAUGUUGAAGAUGAUAUGCUUGUGGAGGACGAAGAUAAUGAAUUUGAACAUUUCCAAGAUCCAGAAGAGUUUGAAGGUUUCCAAGACAGUACUCCUCGCAGUUCUGAACAACCAAAAAUCACUAUAUCUAAAGUUCCUAUAACCGUGCGUCCCCGUUGGGAUGCCUAUUGGUUGGAGGGUAUAUUGUGUUGCGCCCUCGCUGCGUACGCCAUCUCCUACGUCGUCGGCAGAGCUAAGAACACAUCUAUUGCACUUAACUUCUUGAAGCUCCAUAAACCAUUGUUAGAAGAUAAUUUUACUCUAGUCGGUGAGUCUGAGGCGGACGUGUCGUGCGCGGCGGGGGAGCGCGGGUGGCGCCGCGAGGCGGAGCAUUGCUUCACGAUGUGGUGCAGCGGCCGCGUUUGCUGCGAAGGAAUGCUGCUUACCCUCAAACUUAUCAAGCGUCAGGAUUUACUGCACGUGGCGAUGGACCUGGGCCGGCGUACGCCUGACACACUGCUGGUGCGCGUGGAACUCGGCAAGGACGACUGCGAUCCUUUCGUGCUGUGUGUCGCGCAGAAGAAGGUCGCCACACGACUGGCUAAGGAGAUGCAGGACUUGAGCGUGUUCUGCCCGGAGCGUCGUCCGGGCGAGAAGCACGGUCUGCCGGGCGGCAUGUCCGUGCUGUCGGAGUGCGCGGAGGCGACUGCGGGCGUGCUGGACGCGCGCGUGUGCGCCGCGCUCGCGCAGCACCACGCCCACCUGCACUACAUACACAUCUCAGAUAGAUACUGCGGACCCAAACUUAUGGAAGAGACAGCGAUGACGAAACCUCCGGAGACGGAGCGCGUGCUGCUGGCGAGCUUCGCGCUGACCGGCGACGGCGAGGAGCUGCGUCCUCUGCUGCUUCUCAUCUUCUACCUGCUGGAUAAACUGAAGCGGCUCAGGCUUAGCAAGGAGGCUCUAGCGAAGUGUGAGAAGCGUCGCCAGAAGGUGGCGGAGGCGUGGCAGCGCGGCGCGCACGCGGCCCGACAGGAGCAGGCCGCGCUGAGGCGAGAGGAGAAACGUAAACAGGAGAAGGAACGCAUACUCGCUGAGGAUGAUCCCGAGAAGCAGCGCCGCUGGGAGCUGAAGGAAGAGAAACGUCAGCGCAAACGCAAAGCACCCAAGAUGAAGCAACUCAAAGUGAAAGCCCUUUGAUGUAUCUAUUUACUGUGAACGUUGUUAACGUCAUACAAAUCAUGUGCAGUGUUUCCUUUUGUUAAUUAUAAUUAAGUGUUAAAUAUACUCAAAGAACUGCAAAUAAACAAUUUUAAAUUAUA